CGCGCAGCGUCGUUUGGGUAAAAUACCCAGGUACAGCCAACUUGGCUGUACCCCCUGCCAUUGUUAGGCGCGUGAAUCCCACGCGCGGGUAGUUAAUUUUGAAAAAAAAAAUGGCACGUGAGGGUAAUAAUUUCGCGCAGGAAUGGCCUAUAAAUACAAAAAAAAAAAGAGGAAAAUCAUUUCGAAAACCGUUCAAAUUCUCAGCACGCAAAAAAUUUUCUCUCUCCUCUGCCCACUCUUCUACUUCGUUGUUUUCUCUCUCUUAAAACCGCCAUUAAACUUCCUGCAACCACCUCAAUCAACUUUCUCUCUCUUCAAACCGCUACUAAUCUUCAUUAUUAAAGCUGAAUUUCCACAAAAUAUCAAGAGAAGAAAUCUGUGACUUCUUUUUACUGAAAAAAAGAGAAAAAUGGAUGUUCGUGACGAAAUUGACAUGAACAAGCUUCAAAAUCCACCGAAAAGCAAAAAAAAAACGAAGAUGCCGAAAGAAAAAAAGGAAACGACUGGAAGAUCUAGUGAAGAGCAAAAAAUCGGGAAUGCAAAGCAACUAGACAUGAAGGAAACUGGAAAAUACGAAAUUGAGAAGGAAAUUGAAGCUGAAAAGCAAAUAGACACAUUCCAAGAACAACCACAAAGGUUAAUACUCAAAUUUAAGCGAAGACCAACUAAAUCCCAGCCAGAGGUUCAGAAAGUAUUAAGUGAAGGAGAUGGGAAGGCAUGUACAACUUCUGAGACAGAAGUUCAAAAACCAUUGAGUGAAGGAGAUAAGAAAUCUUCGUCAAAAUCACAGCCUGAAGUUCAAAAAACAUCAAGUGAAGAAGAUCAAGAAGAGUCUUCAAAAUCUUUGGUACAAAGAAAGAUUGCUACAAAAAAUAGGGGCAACAACUUACUGAAACAACUUUUAGCAAAGAGCAUAAAGCAGAACAACAAAAAAAAGGCUGCACAAAUGGUAGCUGCAGCUGCUGCUGCUGCAAUGGCCAGCAAAGAAGCUGACAAAAGGAUAGAUACACCUACCGUUGCAGCACAAAUAGAAGCUGAGAAAAUGGCACCUGCAGCUGAUGCAGAAGACAAAAGAGUCGCUCAGGAAAAGGCGUCUGCAGCUGAGAAAGAAGCCAAAAGAGUGGCUGAGGAAAAGGCAUCUGCAGCUGAUGCAGAAGCGAAAAAACUGGAUGAGGAGAAGGCAUCUGCAGCUGAUGCCCAAAGAGAAGCUGAGCUGAAAGAAGCUGAAAACAAGAGGAUCGAGGCUAAUAAGAAGAAGGAAGAAGAAGAUAAAGGUGAAGCAAUGAAGAAGGAUUUAGAGGAAAGAAAGAAAGAAUAUGAAGAAAAAAUGAGCCAGCUUAUGGCUAAAAACAACAAAGAGUUGAUAGAGGAAGCGGAAAGGAAAGAAGCUGAGAGAAAGAAAAGAGAAGAUGAGAGAAAGAAAAAAGAAGACGAUGAUGCCACAAAAACAAUUGCCAUGGUGGUUGAAAAUGUAAAUGCUUCAGAGAGUGAAGCUCAAACCAUUGGUGGUAAAGGCACAAAAAGAGGAAAGAAGACAACAGCUACCAAGAAGAACACCAUUCUAAGUAUUACUAUGGAUGAAGAACUACAAAAGAAGUUGCACAACAUAUCAGAUUCAUACAAUCCGAGAAGAAGUACAAGAUCAAUGGUGAAAGUGCAACAAAAUGUUGGUGCUGAAGUAGUUAGCAAAGAAGAAUUUGAAGGCAAAGAUGUUUCUGGAGUUACUUCCAAAGUAACAAAUACUCCAAAGAAAAGGAAAGCGGCUGAGAAAGAAGAUGAGGAUGAGCCUUUGGAUGUUGAGAUAAUAAAAAUAAAAAAACAAAAAGGAGUUGAAAAAAAAGCACCUGUUAAGGGAAGAAUUCUUCCUCUUAGGAGUGCAUUGAAAAGAAAUAAGAAAAAUGAUAUUGAAGAAGUGAAAGAAGAACAGAAAACAGAACUUGCAAAAGUCAAUGUUAAAGGAAAAAGGAAAAUGAAAAAAAGAAAGGAAGAAGAAGAAGAGGUUCAAGAAGAAGAGGAGUUAGAGGGAAAUGAUGAAGAAGAGCAAGAAGAGGAGGAAGAACAAAAUGAGGAAGAAGAGGAAGAAGAGGAAGAAGAUGAGGAAAAUGAGGAAGAUGAAGAAGAUGAAGAAUGGGAAGAAGAAGAAGAAAAAGAACAAAACAAGAUGCCAAAAGGUAUAUUUAGUAUACUAAAAUAUUAAACAUUGUAUUACAUGUUUAUCAAAACUUCUUAAUUGUAUGUUCUUCUCCAACAGAGAAAACAG